GCCCGAAAGUUUUUCAGCUGAAGUUCUUCCGCCAAAAAUUUUAGUUCUUAAUGUAAGUCAACUCUAAACAUUGACAAGUUCAAAAUGUGUGAAUCAAAUAUAGAAAUAGCCUACGCAAUUACUUGUGGUGGUGAACUUUCAAAAUUAGCUGCGUUGUCUUAACAUAUUUUGACUAAAGAUUGUGUACUACUACUAGAAAAGAAUAGUUAUUAUGCUAUUUCUUUGUUUAAUAUUUUGUAAUUUUAUCUGUUCUUAAUAAAUUUUCAAGAAAUAGAUUAUAAGUAAUGCAUAUUGCACGAAGAUACUCGCCUCCACCACCUGAUCCUUAUCCUUUACCAAGUUUGAGACUGGUAAUACUGUGCGUAUCAGUAGCAGUAGCAUUAAGCAUGGUUGUGGUGAUACUUCUUAUUGAUGUUCGUCCUCCACCACUGUCAGAUAUAUUUUUGACUGCUGCUUACUUUCCACUUGGCCAAAGUUUGAUGCUUAAGACACGUCGUUGGACAAAGAAUGAAAAAAGUUGUCAAAAUUAUGGAAUACCAAGAUUUAACUCAAACUUUACAGACACAUUGUGUGGACAAGCCAUAUGGCAGAGCUCUGCUGAUUCUGAAGAAGGUGACCGAUAUGUGAACAAAAUAGAAACUGUUUACAGGUUCUUUGUGAAUGAUAAUGUUAGUGCAGAAUAUUAUAAAUGGAACUUGUUGAAUGGUGCUAAUUUGCAGCUCCCACUUCAACAUUAUUCUGAUGAAACAGACAUUGCACCAAAAGCUGGUCAAGAAUAUCAUGCAUUUAAAUGGGACCCUUUAUUAUAUUAUGUUCAAAAAUCAGUUACUGAUAAUGACACAUCAACGAAGGAGAGAAAGGUGUGCACUAAAAAGGAGUGUAAAAACACUUUCCGCCACAUAGUCUAUAUAUUCAGACAAAAUAAUGCAUUUGCAAGACUCAUUAUUUUUGGUUUUAACCAAAGUCGUGAUGCCAGAUUAGGUGUUGAUUUUGCUGGAAGACUGGCUGGUACAAUGGUAGACUUGAUAUCUCAAAACCAACCUUCCUCCCUUGAUGCAUUUAUCAUAAAUUUCCAAACAUGGGUGCAAUUUAUUGUCCGUACUUUACCUUUAAAGAUAAUCAACAAAGCCUACCUUGGAAUCUUCAUGCUCGGUCAGGGAGUGAUGGCGCUCUUUAACAUAGAGUCGUGGCUUACUUUGAUAGAUUUGUUUACAAAUCAACUUCAAUUGUUGUGGCAACAUUUAGUUGACGCAUCGAUUAAAGAUUUGUACUUUCUUGCAGUUGCACUGCUUCUUCUGUUGAUACACAGAACACAGAUUUUUCUUAUGCCUUACGACGAAAUGCACAAUGUUCACAAAAAAUGUAGCAGCUUGUUGACAUCUGCGGUGGAAAAAACACGCCGUCAAGCGGACUCCGUCAAGGAUGACAUUUUACUUCAAUCGUGAAGGGUCUUCCAUAAGCAAUAUUUAUUGAUUUUUAACAAGGGUGUUGAAAGAUAUAUUGUAAUAUUUUUUUGUUUUGAGAUAUGAAUUUUUGUUGUUGUUUUGUGUUUGCACAUUAUGAGAAGCUGUCAUUUUGCAAGAUGGCGUUUGUUUGUCAUCGUUUUAAAGACAGCUAAAUUCAAUACCCUUUUUUCAUUUCAGUUAAACGUGCGUUUUCUUUUAUGGGUUUUAGACUUGAAAAAGUAUUUCUCCACAACACAUCACAUGUGCCGCCAUUGACAGCUUUGUAUUGAACAAUAAUUUCUUAAAUUAGAUUAUGUUGUUUUUUUCUUCAUGAGAAGUUUUUAUUUUUAUAUUGAUGAUGCGAUGUGUAGGUCUCUUAUAACGGAGUAUAUUUUAUUUAUUGUAUCAGUUAAAUACCUUUUCUUGUUGGAGAACUAACGGAAGUAGAAUGCAA